AUGUUUUGUUUUGUUUUCUUUAUAUUUUCAAGGCAAACAUCCAAUGAUGUUAUCAUAGAUCAUGGAUACAAUGCUGAAUUUUUCUUCCAUAACACUGGUUAUAAUAAUCAGAUCGAAGGAGAAGAUUUGAACGUAAUUCCAGCGUGGUCUGCGGGAUAUUCCGGCAAAAACUAUAAUAUUACAGUUGUUGGAGGUGGAUGCAGACUUGCACACCAUGAUUUUAACGAAACUGCUGAUUAUCAAAAUUCAUAUAAUUAUAUAACGAAAUUAAACAAUCCAUUUACAAGUACUCAGAAAUCUCAGGUCGGAACAGCAGUUUUGGGCCUAGCAGCUGCCAACAUAAAUAACUUUGGAAUUGUUGGAGCUGCUCCUGAUUCUUCUGUUUCGUGCAUUGCAUUCGAUACCGCACAGAAAUUAGUUAAAGACACAGAUAUGGAGAAAUACCUCUUUGAAAAGACAAAGCAUGCAGAUGUUUUGGCAAUUCCGUUUUUAAUGAUGGGACCAAAGCCAUAUCUUCCAAAUACAGCACUCCAGGAGAAGAUGAAGGAAGCUGCUACUAAAAAUAACAUUGUCAUUGUAAAUAGUGCAGGAAAUUCCGGUCAUUUAGGUGGAGAUGUAAAUCAUUACGCAACUACAUGCUCACCACAUUCAAUAACAGUCGGAUCUUCAACAGUUAGAGGCUCUCCUACAUACUAUACUAAUAACGGAGCUUGCAUUUCUGUUACUUCUCCAAAUUCUGGUCUUCCUGAUGAAUUUCCUGUAGAAAUGGCAAGAUAUCCGAUGAUACCUCAUCCAUCUUCCGAUGAUGAUGAGCUUCUUGAGGUUUCUCAUGGAGAUAAUCGUCAUGCAGUCGGACCAAUCGCAGGAAUUGCCGCUUUAAUACGUAAUGCUAAUCCAAAUCUUACACCAUACGAUAUACAAGUCAUUAUGGAGCUUACAGCUACAAGGAAUGAUCCAAAUUCUCCAUUAUGGAAACAAAAUGCCGCCGGAAACUACUACCAUCCACAACUUGGCUUCGGAAGAGCCAAUGCAGCCCUUGCUGUUGACGUUGCCAAGCAAUGGACCAAUAAAUUGACACCAUCCACCUCAGAAAAGUCAUUUACAAAUUCAAAAGGAAAUUACAUAAGUUACGGUUCUAAUUCCCCAACCGAAAUUGACUUUUCCAUAAGUUCAAACAUUAAUUUUGUUUCUUAUGUCGAAUUACAGAUAAAUACUUCGAAUGUUGACCUGAACAUGGCGAAGAUAGAAGUGCAAUCUCCACAGGGAUCAAGGUUUACUGUCCUUUAUCCUUCAAUUUUCCAAGAAGAUUCGGAUGAUUUUAUUAUUAACGUAAAACAGUCAAUUAAAUCAAAGAUGACAAUAGGAAUUAGAUGUUUCCUCGGUGAAAAAGCAGCUGGAACAUGGAAAGUCUUCAUAAAAUACAGUAAUUACUAUCCUGAGGUCACAUUGUACGAUUCCAAGCUUAUUAUCUACGGAUUUGAGUCAGUUAAGAUACCAACAUUUACAAAAGUUGUUGGAAAAGAAAGUGAAUUGAAAUAUGCCCAAUUAAAUUCAACAUCUUGGAUUAAAAUGCCUUCAGAUUUUGAAUGUGACAAACUCACGAAUAUUAACUUAUCUACAUUUACAGAAAACUACCAGGAUAUUCCAGUUCCUUUAUAUUUAGUUAAUAAGAAAGAUUCUAGUCAUGUACUGAUCGGAUCUCAUUAUACAUCUUACAAACCAUCAAAUUUGUCUAUUAACGUCCCAUGUAUCUAUAAAUCAGGCGAUUACGGACUUUCAUUUAGAUAUGAAAAUACAAUUUUCCAGGUUUCUCAUGAUUUCAAGCUCACCAACCAUCAUGAUGUGACAUUGUUUAAGCCAAAGCCGCACGCGAUCAUCAAAGAAAAUCCAUUGUUCGUGA